CUUGUACUUCCGAUACUAUACUGAAGUCUUUUCGUGGGUUGCCUUCACAAGUUCGGUAUGGUUAGAAACCCGUCUUCAUAAUCCUUCGACAUGGCAAUCCGGCAUGAUAUGUGUGUUGGCCUCAACAAGGGCUUCAAGACGACCAAAAAUGUAGCCAAACCAAAAAAGAAGGGGCCUCGCAAGCACGUCAAGUUUGUACGUGAUCUAGUGCGUGAGGUCUGUGGCUUUGCUCCCUAUGAGAAGCGGUGUAUGGAGUUGCUCAAAGUCAGCAAAGACAAAAGAGCCCUCAAGUUCUGCAAGAAAAGACUCGGAACGCUCCGUCGGGGAAGGAGAAAGAGGGAAGAAAUGAUCGCUGUCUUAGCUGCACAGAGGAAAGCUCAGGCCGGCACAAGCCAAGCACAGGCUCCAACAAAAUAAAUGAUCACCGUCAGAGUUUAUAAAACAGGAAAAACACAUUUUCCAGCUUGUUCUGGCAAGCAAAAUAACGUCAAGGGCCACAGCUGUCUGCAGUAUUUUUCACUGUGAAGAAUUCAGCAAGGAUGAGGACUGAAGCGAUACUUUCCUUGUAAAUGCACAGUAAAACGUUUUGGAGUCCUUAAAUUUUUACAACCAAGUCGCAGUAACUUUCUUUUCCACCAAGGUCAUACACUCCAGUUUGUCAUAGACCAGUGGAUAAAAACCAAGUUGUAAUAUUGAAAUUAAAUAAAAAGGAAACAUCAGCUGGAAACUGCA